AUGGCAAUGAAGGUUGAGGUAAUGAGCAAAGAAGUAAUAAAACCAGCCUCAGCAACGCCUGAUCACCUUCGAACCAUUCCACUCACUCUCUUUGAUCAAUUCAUGCCACAGACUUACAUAAAUUCAAUCUUCUUCUACUCCAUAACAUCCGACAAUUCUACCGUCACCCAAGCAACAUUUCCUCAUAAGCUCAAGAUUUCACUAUCCGAGAUUCUAACGCGUUUCUUCCCACUAGCGGGACGAAUUGAAGGGACGCGUAUCGACUGCAAUGACGAAGGAGCUUUGUUCACGGAGGCUCGAGCCGAUAUCCUGCUCUCGGAUUUUCUGAGGACCCCAGAUGUCGUUUCGCUCAAGCAACUAAUCGUUAAUCCAUUUGAUUAUUUAGAUCACGGGUCGUGGCCACUGCUUCACGUCAAGGUUACCUUCUUCACAACCGAAGCAGUGGCAGUGGCAGCAAGUGUUUCUCACAAAAUUUUCGAUACAGCUUCGUUCAUAAAGUUUGUUCGCAUUUGGGCGGCAACAGUGAAAGGGUGUGUCGAUAAAGUGAAUCCCCAAUUCAUAGCAUCGGCUUUCUAUCCUCCUGCUGAUCUUUCGGUGGAAGUCCCUCCACUUAUGCCGCUGAGGAAGAAAUCUAUAACAAAGAGGUUUGUUUUCCGGUCCUCCAAUAUUCACAAACUCAAAACCCGAGUUGCGAGCGAGCAUGUCAUGAACCAUACCCGUGUAGAAGCCAUCACCGCACUUCUCUACAGUGCUAUAAAAGGGUCGCGAUCAAACGAGUCAUUCACAAUGACGCAAUCCAUUAACUUGCGACCUAGGCUUCCUUCCACUCUCCUGCCUCCAGAUGCAAUGGGAAAUCUACUCUAUUCACCUUUACUGAACGAAGACUCUGAGAGCGAAAUAAAGAUCACUGAGAUGGUUUCCAAGUUAAGGAAAACUAAGGAGGAACUUAAUGAGAUAAUCAUGGAAGAAACCCGGGGAACGGAAUCUACCGCUUCAAAACUAAGAAUGAUCGGCGAGAGAAUUGCAAUGGAGAUGUUAAGCUCGCUGAGCGAGUCACGCGCUGAAACUAACGUAUAUGUCAUGACUAGUUUCUGUAGGAUGCCUUUUUACGAGGUGGACUUCGGGUGGGGAACUCCGUUGUGGAUUGCUAGCUACGUUUAUGAGAUGUCGAGGUUAUGCAUACUGAUGGAUGCAAAGGACGGUGAAGGAAUCGAGGCAUGGGUGACGUUGCCUGAAGAGGACAUGUCUGCAUUCGAACAACACCAAGAUUUGGUUGCUGCGGAAAAUUAA